AUGACAGUUCAUAUUCCUACAUCUCAACGUGCGCUCAUCUUCGAGAACUAUAACGGUCCCCUGACGAUCCGGCAAGUUCCUGUGCCCGAGCCGGCCGACGAUGAACUGCUGGUGAAGAUCGAGUAUUCCGGCAUCUGUCACUCGGAUCUUCAUGCCUGGCUCGGUGACUUCCAGCAGAGUUGCAUUUUGCCCCUGAUCGGAGGUCAUGAAGGUGCUGGAAGUGUCGUCAAAGUCGGCAAAAAGGUCAACGGAUGGAAGAUCGGAGAUCGAGCUGGGAUCAAGGUGAUAAUUGAAUCGACUGCCGAAAACUUUGUUUCAUUUCAAACGCAUUUCCGUUUCAGCUAGUCAACUUCAACUGUCUCAACUGCGAGUUCUGUAAGAAGGGACAUGAGCCGCUCUGCCACCACAUCCAGAACUACGGGUUCAGCUGUCACGGAACAUUCCGCGAGUACAUCACAAUCAGAGGAGUCGACUCGAUUCGAGUGACGAACGAAAUGAACUUAGCAGCCGCGGCGCCGAUUCUUUGCGGAGGAGUGACUGCGUACAAAGCACUGAAGGAGACGGACGUGAAGCCGGGACAGACUGUCGUGCUGACGGGAGCCGGCGGAGGACUCGGAUCUCUGGCGAUCCAGUACGCGAAUGCGAUGGGAAUGCGGGUAGUGGCAGUGGAUCACAAGAGCAAGAUGGAACACUGCAAGAGCCUCGGAGCCGAGUGGUUCGUCGAUGCGUUCGACACUCCGAACAUUGUGGAGCACAUCACGAGAAUCACCGAAGGAGGCCCGCACGGAGUCGUCAACUUUGCGGUCGCCAAGAAGCCGAUGGAGCAGGCACUGGAAUACGUGCGAAAGCGGGGAACAGUUGUGUUUGUUGGCCUUCCGAAAGACUCAAAGGUGCUCAGUUCCCUUUGCAACUUUUAACAUUUCAUUUCGUUUUGCAGGUCACUUUUGACACAACACCGUUCAUUUUCAAUGCGAUCACAAUGAAAGGCUCUAUUGUCGGCUCGCGAAUGGAUGUGGACGAGGCGAUGGAAUUCGUGGCUCGUGGAAUUGUGAAAGUCCCGUUAGAACUAGUGAAACUGGAAGACGUUCCGAGUGUGUACAAGAAGAUGCAGGAGGGAAAAGUGAACUCACGAGCUGUCGUCGACUUCUCAUUGUAA